CAUAGUCACAUUACGUCGUAAAAACCCUGUAUAUAUUCUGUAUUGACGUUCGCGCUCGUCGCUGCUUUCAUAGACUGGGUCUAUCAGCCACGGCCGACGAAGGUACGGCGGGUAGGCGAGCCCUUCGCCGAUAAAACACUAUGGCGGCAGUUCGGAUUCUCCAGCACGUUUCCGCUGCGAGGAGAGCCGGCAGAUGUCGCCCUAGGCGCGCGCUAUGCCUGUAAGCCGCUCGUUGCCGACUUGUCGACGUUCAAAGUCGGAGACGACUUCAGCAAUGCGGCACACUCGCCGUGCACAGCGUUAACAAGAUCCUGCUGUGCUACACCUGUGCCGGAACUUCCCGCAAUCGGCAGGAAUAGCGCGGGGAAAGGCGUGCUACUUCCGCCUUUCGCCUCGCUACGGAGAGGAACAUCCGUCCAGGCAAGCGUGGCGGAAUUACAGGGCAUACACUCGCAGACGCGAACGUCGGCCCCCAUGCCGAACGCCGACCUCCGUCACCAGCUGCUCCCCGCGAGUAGACAAGCAGACACGUCACUAGGGGGCGCCGCAUCGCUGGACGGAAAGUCCAAUGUCUUCUGGUUGGCAGACGGUCGUCGUUCGAUUUUGUCGGCGCGGCGGUCAGAUCAAAUGCCUGGCAUCGGCGCGAGGGUCUCUCAGCCUGCGUUCUCUCUAGCGACCCCGACGAUGAGUGCACGCCCGGUCGCAGUGAGCUCUAUCAGCCGUAACGCCGUACAUAACGCUGCUGUGUUUACACCUGCCGCCGCUAACAUGGCCGCCGUCACUGCGCUGCCGAUUCUCCCGGGAGCGAUGGCGUCGGCAGCCAUGAAGUCAGCGGCUAUGGCGAUCGCUACGAUCCAAUCAACGGCCGCCACGCGUGUGACGUCAACGGCAUGCGUCGAGCCCUCUACGGCAUCGGUAGGCGUUGCCGUUCCGUCGUCGACAAGCGGAAUAUACGUCAACCCGGGAGGGAGUCCCGCCACGCACCGCGGCGACACCGUCGCGAAGGACGCAACCGCGAAUGAAUCCGCUCCUCUAAUUAGCCGCUCAGACACGAGCACAGACAGCGAGGUCGAACUGCUUACGCGCGCCCUCUCACGGCGCUGCUGCUCGUGGCACCGUAUCGGCACGAGCAAGUGUCACCUGUGCAGGAACGACGACGACGACGACAACGCUGACGUCGGCACGUCGCCGUGUCCGUUCGCCGUUCCGUUGCCCGUGAUACCAGAGAGCGUGCUCGAUAGCGUCUGUUUCAAUAACUGCUGCUGCUGUUGCUCCGGUGGAACACGUCCUGUAGAGGAACUACUGUUCGGGCAAGACCGGCACGCGUGGGCGUCAACGCCCGACGGCUGCGUCGACAAGAUCAGGGUGAGCAACCUCGACUUCGAAUACGAAGAACUCACCGGGCCCGUGAUCGAGAAUCUUCAGCUCGAUGUCGACAGGUGGCGCUUCUUCAUAGCGGCCGCGACGGACGUGCCGCCCGGGCAAAUAUUCUCUUAAGGUGUCAUCUCAUACGCGAUCGCGGUUGAGAUACGACGACGAUACAUACGACGCAGCGUCCCUGCCGCAUCUGACUUAUAGCUUAAGUAUAGUUUACGCGCGCGCGCCAAGCAAGAAAGUAGGAUUAGAUUAAACGGUAUUGGAAAGAAGGAGCUCGUAAAAGUAAAAGUAAAAAGUAAAAGUAAGUAGCUCGUGUUUUAAGCUCGUAACGAGGCGUAUAAGUUUUAACCCACGACAGCAGGGAGAAAAUCUAAACCAAGUAGCAGUUGAACAUGUGUAUUCAUAAUAAAUCCUAGUUUUAUUUACGUAUUUCAUGCUAAAUAAUAAUAAAAAUAAAAAUAAACAAUGAUGAAUGACCUUGUAGAUGACACAGUUGCUUAACACGUGCAGGAAAAUGCUUAUAUAUAAACAUAAGCAUGUAUUAGUGUAGAUACGACAGCGUAACUCCUAAUAGCAGGGGGUGUAUCCCAGGAAUGUUAGGACACCGUAUCUAGGCUUAGUGCAACUCUUCUUCCUACCCCCCUCUCUCUGUCCCCUCCCUCCUCUCUCUCUCUUUCUCUCUCUCUCUCUCUCUCUCU